AUGGCAGACAACUCCUCUAAUACAGGCAACCCCCCACUGAUAAUCAAUAUCCCCGCCUGGACAGGUCAGGUAGGUCCUGAAUUUGGGCCGAUAGUCACUAUCAAGAUCAUCUUUGACUCGGGACGGCCGAUUGAUGAAGCAGCAGGGGACCGUCCUGAUACUGCUGAGCCUGCCACUGAAUCCGUCAAUGACUCUGCCGACAUAACUACUACUGGACCUGUUGCUGAGCCAGUUGCUGAGGAUAUCAGUGAAAUCACAACUAGGACUGCCACUAGGCUUGUCAUUGAUUCUGCUGCUGACUCUGCCACUGAGCCUAUUAAUGAGUCCGACAAUGUCUCCUCCGACAGUACUACUGCUGAUGCCGCUACUGAGCCUGCUGCUGAGACCGCCGCUAACUCCGUCAAUGACUCUACCAACGUGAAUCUCGAGACAGCCAUAUUUCUGGUCCACCAACAUCGCAUCUGCAAUGCAUCUCCAUACUUGAAGCAGGUGUUCGACAGCAAGCCGCAAGCUCGGUGGGGUUUGGGACCUAGCUGA